ACCUCUCCUUUGUCCUUCUGUAUUCUGUUCUUCCGGGUACCAUGCAUAUUUUCCCUCACUCACUCACUCUCGUCCCUCGCUAAUCUAUGUCCUGUGAUAUGAACACAUGAUAGUUCUUCAUCUUCCCUGGCGAUGAUCUAACUCUCGGCGAUGAUGCAUGUCAGAUUGAAAUAGAUACACCUUUUCCGAGCGCUUCUUUCACAUUCCACACACGUGAGUUCAUCUGCUCAAGAACGACAACUCCACCAAGCUGCCCCGAACGAUGGCGAGUCGUUAGCUGUAACGCGUAUAUUUAAACCCGCUAGCGAUAUCCUUUGAAAGCAGACACGGGCCAUCACUUUCUCGUUGUUUUUGAACCCUACCAGAACCAACAUGGCCUCUCUUCUCUCGUGGAUGUUGGUGGCAGCGGCUACUGCAUCUGUCGUCAGUUCUGUGCCGCCCCAGAGCAGCGUUGCUAUGGAGACCAGACUGGUGAAACAGCUGAUGCGUGACUACGCCAAGGAGGCGCUGCCCGUCCUCAACUUCAAGACCAGCGUCAACGUCUCAAUGCAAGUCAGCUUCGUCGGAGUAGAUGAUGUCGACGAGAACAAGAACGUCUUCACUGCUACGCUUCUGUUAGCGCAGCUAUGGAAGGACCCGCGCCUUGCCUGGAACGCCAGCAAAUAUGGCGGCAUGAGUAUGAUCCGUCUCCCCGUGGACAAGUUGUGGAUCCCGGACAUUGUACCGUACAACACAGCAGGAAUGUAUGGACGCCAGACUCGUUAUGACGAGAUUGCCCACGUGCUCAGCGACGGCAGCGUCUUUUGGGUCCCCCUUUGGACAAUCGCCAGCAAAUGCCCAAUGGACGUCAGUAACUUUCCCUUUGACACUCAGCACUGCCCCAUAGUCCUGGGUUCGUGGGUGCACUCAAACGCAGAGAUGACGUUGUCGUUCACGGAAAGCUCAAACCUUGACAAGGACCUCGCCUUGUCCGGCACGGACUUCAACUCACCUUCUCACCCUACGUGGGAACUUAUCAAAGCUGUGGCCAGCAUCAAGGCUGUCAAGUACGCCUGUUGUGAAGACUCCUAUGAGACGCUGACUGUGAAGGUGCAGAUCAGCCGGAGGUCGACGUUCUACCGAUUCCUUGCUGUAGGACCUGCCGCUGUGUUUGGGCUCCUGGUGCCCUUGCUGUUCCUCAUCCCAUCCAGGUCAGAGGGGAAGACAACUUAUGGUAUGCUGAUAAUGCUUGGCCUGACGGUGCUGAUUCUCGCUCUGGAGGAGGCCAUUCCCUUCAGCCACAACAACGUCCCGAAAAUCGGAUAUUUCUACCUGGGCACCAUGGCUCUGUGUGCGUGCAGCGUGAUGCUGUCCAUAUUUGUCAGCAACAUGGGUCAGUCAGGUGUACGACACAAGCCUCUUCCUGGAUGGCUCAAAUGGCUGUGCCUCAGUCGAUAUGGGUUCCGGCGGUUCUUCUGCAUCGACAACUACGAGCCCGUCGACAACGUGUACUCCGUCAGCCUCAAGAGCCUGUGCACACCGGAAAGAACCACGCAGCCAUCUUUAGACCCGGAGAGUUCUGCGCAACCGGAAGCAGUGUCUGACAUGGACGAUAUCAGGAAAUGUUUGCACUACUUGGUGGGCAAGCAGUCAGCGGAAGUGACGUCAAGAAAUGUACGCCAGGACUGGGUGGAGCUUGCGCUCGUCUUUGACCGGAUCCUAUUUGUCGUCUUCCUCGUUUUGUAUGUUCUUUUCGCAGUCAACUUCCUGACAUGAUCGCUUCCGUCCUCCAGGACAUCUCAGCCAGCACUGGGAUGACUCCUCAUUGGAACAGCUUCCAGUCACGUGACUAUCACAUGACACAACAGAAUCUUCCAGGGAUCGUGGCCUGUGUUUAAAAACUUCCUUUGUUUAUCCUCCAAAUCAAAGCAUACAACAAAUGUAUGACCUUUUAUAAAGCAGCCAUCGUUUUACGAGGUCAUAUGCGUUAUAUCUACGCCAGCGCCAGCGCUAAUCAACAUGACGGAAGAAAACGAGUGGUUCCGAGUGUGAUGUCAUGUGAGUAGUUCAGGCACACAUCCAGAUACCACUGUUUUGGGAUCUUUUGUGCUAUUUAAAGGUGCAUCCAAAUAACCCACACGUCACUACUUACAGAGGUUUGAUUUGACAAGAAACAUCUGAAGGUAUAUAAUCAGACUUACAUCAGCUGUGAAUGUGUUUGUUUAAUACUUGCAGGAGAUAUAUGGUGUUCCAGUACUUUUGGAGAUCAAUCUUCUGAAACAACUAAGAUAUGUAUAUACAUCUGACUGAUUUAAGAUUUCAAGAAGAAUUUAUGUAAGUGAGCAUUGGCUGGUGAAUGCGACUUGUGACCUUUUCAGAAGCUCAUGAGAAAACGACCGGGUUAUAUCACCAAGAAAUGUUUCCUUUCCUUUCUGUCGUCUGGAUACCAGUUCCAUGUCGGAUACACCACGGAAGCAUGUGUUGUGUAGGCGAGCCUACAGACCGGUUACAAUGGUGUGCGCUUGCGGGUUUUGCGUGACAACUCGUGUCAUUUCGGGAUAUUCCGGCAGAGGUACAGAUAAGCUGCGUAUCUGCGUAAAUUACGCAAAUGUUUAUUUGAAAACUCAAUUCCUAUUAAGUCUAUUGCGUACACGUACGCU